GCUGAUUAUUCAGGCAUCAUAAUCCAAAUAAGCCUGGGAUCAAAAUUUCUCAAUUCCCCAACCAAAACAGGGGAAGGAAAAAAAAGAAAUAAAAAAAAACUAAAAAAAAUUACAAAAAAUGAGAGCCUCAACAAGAGUCAUAUGGACAGUAUCUGUCCUUAUGCUCGCGGCUGUCUCUGAGGCCAUCUUCCCUCUACCAUUUCUUCCGUUCCUCCCUGGAUUCAACAACGGAUUCAGGGACAAUAAUGCGGCGGUGAAGGUAGCGAAGCCAGUGGCUCCAGGGGCAGUUGGAAAAGCCGGAGGAAGAAGGCGAGGAGGUGCUCCAGAAGCUCAGACAAAUUGGGCUGGAAAAUGGGAGUUGUUCUUGGAAAACUCGGGUGUGUCAGCGAUGCAUGCGAUUCUGAUGCCAGUCAUCAACCAGGUCCAGUUCUACGACGCAACCAUCUGGAGAAUCUCAAAGAUUAAGCUGCCUCCAGGCGUGCCAUGCCACGUCGUCAACGCCAAGACUAACCGUAUCGAUUGUUGGGCUCAUUCUGUUCUCGUUGAUGUCAACACCGGUGCCAUCAAGCCUCUUUCCCUUUCCACUGAUACAUGGUGUUCAUCGGGAGGUCUGACCAUAAACGGGACAUUGGUGAGCACAGGAGGAUACGGAGGAGGAGCCAACACUGUGAGAUACCUAGCAGCUUGUAAAGACUGCGGGUGGGUUGAAUACCCUCAGGCUCUUGCUGCAAAGAGAUGGUACUCAACGCAAGCCACUCUCCCUGACGGAAACUUCUUCGUUAUCGGAGGACGUGACGCUUUAAACUACGAAUACAUCCCAGCGGAAGGACAAAACAACAGGAAGCUCUACGACUCAUUGCUCCUAAGGCAAACAGACGACCCUGAAGAGAACAACCUCUACCCUUUCGUAUGGCUCAACACCGACGGUAACCUCUUCAUCUUCGCAAACAACAGAUCCAUCCUCUUAAGCCCCAAAACAAACCAAGUCAUCAAAGAGUUCCCUCAGCUUCCUGGUGGUGCACGUAACUACCCAGGAUCAGGCUCCUCUGCACUCCUCCCAAUCCAUCUUUACGUCAAGAACCCUAAAGUCAUCCCUGCAGAGGUUCUCAUCUGCGGUGGAAGCAAACAAGACGCGUACUACCGUGCAGGUAAAAAGGUCUUUGAGCCAGCGUUGCAAGACUGUGCAAGAAUGAGAAUCAACAGUGCUAAGCCGAGAUGGAAGACAGAGAUGAUGCCAAUGCCAAGAGUCAUGAGUGACACUGUUAUCCUCCCUAACGGAGACAUACUUCUAGUCAACGGAGGUAAACGUGGCUGUUCUGGAUGGGGCUAUGGUAAAGACCCUGCUUUUACUCCCAUCUUGUACAAGCCACGAGCUGCUCGUGGCAAGCGUUUCAGGGAGCUCGCAGCCUCCACGAUCCCACGUAUGUACCACUCCAUCGCCAUCGCUCUUCCUGAUGGUAAGGUUCUUGUUGGUGGUAGCAACACCAACGAUGGUUACAAGUACAACGUUGAGUUCCCAACGGAGCUUCGCGUUGAGAAAUUCUCACCGCCUUACCUUGACCCUGCGCUAGCCAACUUAAGGCCAAAGAUCGUCAACAACGCAACACCGAAACAGAUCAGAUACGGACAAAACUUCAACGUGAAGGUCGACCUUAACCAGAAGGACGUGACCAAGGAGAAUCUCAAGGUUCACAUGUUGGCACCUUCUUUUACAACACACAGUAUCUCGAUGAACAUGAGGAUGCUUUUCUUGGGUAUCGUUGGUGUUAACCCUGCCGGUGCCGGUUCAUUUGAGAUCCAGACCGUUGCACCACCCAAUGGAAACAUCGCACCACCUGGUUACUAUCUUAUCUUUGCUGUCUACAAAGGUGUUCCCAGCAUUGGUGAAUGGAUUCAGAUCGUCUGAUGAUGAUGAUGAUGUUUAACCAUUUUUUUCUUAUGCAGUAACAUCUUUAUAUGAAAAAAAUUUCUCAGUAAUACUCAGUUUUUUCUUCUAUAUAUUUUGUAUAUGCCAUGUUAAUGUAUCCAAAUUCCCUGUGUUUUCUUUUUACCAUUUUUCUUCAUUCGGUUCAUGUAAAACCUCUCGCUGAUUC